GCGACACAUGUCAACAAACAUGGCUGGCUCCUGCUCGCUCGUCUGCUGUGGAGACGAAAGAGAAGACGAUAAAGCAGUUAUAGUCCGCUUUUCAAAUGGCAGCAUCAAAAAUGCAGACAAAUUGGACUUUUCAAUGUACAGGAGUGCAGAUAAGAAGAAUCCCAGAAAGAAAAACAGACAGAUAUUGGUUGCUGAAUCAGAUAGACUAAGCUAUGUUGGGAAUAAUUUUGGAGCGGAGUCACUGAAAUGCAAUAACCUUUGCAGAUAUUAUGUGGGUGUGUUGAACAAAAAGACCAUGCAGAUGGAGGUGCACAGUGCUCAGCUCUUUAAUAUGCAACCUGUUAUAGCAGGGGAGAUGGACACUACAACAUCCCAGGACACCACUCAAACCUUCAGAGACAAGGUUGACUCGUUGAUUGAAGCGUUUGGCACCAACAAACAGAAGAGAGCUUUGAGCUCCCGCAGGCUGAAUCAGGUGGGAAGUGAUACCCUGCACCAAGCAGUGGCUAAGGCUGCCAGCACUGUGAUUGACCAAAAGGGUCUGGAAGCGCUGCAACAAGAAGUUGCUGAGACAGAGGCCCAAGGAGAUCUGGCUCUCCAUCUGCCUCCAUGCAAUGGAAACGCACACAAACCUGAGAAUGUCUACUCAUUUGAUGAUCUCCUGAGUCCAGCUGAGUUUGAUGCUUUGGAGGAGGCUGGCUCUAAGAUGGCAGCACUCACACCUGAGGAGUUGCAGCAGAUGAGAGAUGAUGGAGGGAAUUUGUGUGUUCUGAAGCACCUGGAGAAAAUGCCUACACUAGAUGAUGCCAGAGAUAAAAUAGUACGAUGUGCCUUUUACCUUUCUCUGAUCUUGAAACUUGCGCGACAGAAGAGCAUCACUCGCAAGUUUGGGCAGGAGGAAGGCUGCCCACGAAUCAUUCAGAACAAACUGUUCAGAACAUUCACUGUGGAGUCUUUCAGCAAUCGCAGGGUCCUGAACAUUGUGUCAUCAUCAAUGCGAGCCAAAUUAGCAGCUUAUUCCCUGGCCCUGCUGCUGCACAUGGGUAACAUGACUGUGGACCUUACAUUACUGCACCGUGAUCUGUCAAUCACAGAGGCCAGGGUGAUAGAAAUUGCCAAGUCAAUGGGAUUGACCCUAAUGAGACCAACCCGGGCAAAAGCUGACAAGGCUGUACUGCGAGACGAACACAAGGAGGCAUCUCUUCUUCUACCUCUGGUCAAAUACGAUCAGUCCACAGAAAGGCGUAAACGCAAGAAAAUGCACUGA